GUUUGCGUAUGUCUGUUUAUGUAUGUGUUUGUAUGCGUGUGUUCAUGUGCGUGCGUGAGUGUGUGUGUUAGAUUGUGUGUGCAUCCGUGCGUGUACGCGAAUUGGUGUAAGUGGAUAUAAAUAUGUAUAUAGGCCUAUAUAUGUGUGUAUGGUAUAUGUGUGGAUGUAUGUGUGAACGUCUGUACGUUCCUCUGUUUGUAAUCCAAGCAGCGUCUGUGUAGUCUGAGAGGGUGAGCGCGUGCUGGUGCGCGUGAUCGUGACGAGCGGCGAAAGGGAAAGCGUCAGCGCGCUCCGAGCCGCUUGGCAGCUGCGGUUCUCCGCUCUGAUUGGACGGGAGGCGGCGAUUCCUUCUGUCACGAUUUCUGUCGCUCCCACCGGGGCGCACUCACCGACCGAGCGCAGUCUUGCCACCACAGCAGUUCCGUCCACACGGGGUGACGCAUGAAGCGGCCGUACGCCCGGUAACUUGGGACCUGUCUUUUUUUUCUCCGGAGGGGCAGGUGGGGGUUGCUGCGGGUACGAGUGCUGGACCGACCGGCCCGUGUUUCAUCCAUAGGUGGCUGCGAUAGACAAGUCGUUCACGAUGCCGGUGUUCCACACCAAAACCAUCGAGAGUAUCCUCGAGCCGGUGGCACAGCAGAUCUCCCACCUGGUCAUCAUGCACGAGGAGGGGGAGGUCGACGGCAAAGCCAUCCCGGAUCUAACGGUUCCGGUGGCGGCCGUGCAGGCUGCCGUGAGCAACCUCGUGCGGGUUGGCAAGGAGACCGUCCAGACCACAGAGGACCAGCUCAUGAAGAGAGACAUGCCCCCUGCGUUCAUUAAGGUGGAGAGCUCCUGCUCCCAGCUGGUGAAGGCUGCUCAGAUGCUGAAGGCCGACCCGUACUCGGUGCAGGCCAGGGACUACCUCAUCGACGGGUCCAGAGGCAUCCUGUCGGGUACCUCCGACCUACUGCUCUCCUUCGACGAGGCCGAGGUGCGUAGGAUCAUCCGUGUGUGUAGAGGGAUCCUAGAGUAUCUGGCUGUGGCUGAGGUGGUGGAGACGAUGGAGGACCUCAUCACCUACACCAAGAACCUCGGACCAGGGAUGACCAAGAUGUCCAAGAUGAUUGAGGAGCGUCAGCAGGAGCUGACGCACCAGGAGCACCGGCAGAUGCUGGUCGGCUCCAUGAACACCGUGAAGGAGCUCCUACCCGUUCUCAUAUCAGCCAUCAAGAUCUUCGUGGCGACCAAGACCAGCCGAGGGGCGGGCGUGGAGGACGCGGUGAGGAACCGGGUCUUCACCUUCGACAAGAUGAGCGCCGAGAUCCACGAGAUCAUACGCGUCCUGCAGCUCACCACCUGGGACGAGGACGCCUGGGCCAACAAGAAGGAUAUGGAGGCCAUGAGGAUGUCUCUGGCUUUGAUCGAGUCUAAGAUGGCGCAGGCUAAAGCGUGGCUCAAAGACCCUCACGCACCGGCAGGGGAGCCAGGGGAGCAGGCGGUGAGGGUCAUCCUGGACGAGGCGGGGAAGGUGGGGGAGCUGUGUGCUGGGAGGGAGCGGAGAGACGUCCUGGGAACCACCAAGGCUCUGGGCCAGAUGACCGACCAGGUGGCCGACCUGCGGGCCAGGGGCCAAGGCCCCACCCCGGGCUGCAUGCAGAGGGCCGCCCAGUGCUCCCAGGGUCUGGACCUGCUGUUCAGCAAGGUGGACGGGGCGGCGCGCCGAUUGGACGCCCUGAUCAACGCCAAGCAGGCCAUCGGCCGCCGGCUGGACGCCGCCCAGGCCUGGCUGGCGGACCCAAACGGGGGUCCAGAGGGAGAGGAGAACAUCAGAGCCCUGCUGGCCGAGGCCAAACGCAUCGCUGAUCUGUGCGAGGACCCUAAAGAGAGGGACGACAUACUGCGCUCCAUUAGCGAGAUUGUCGGACUCACCGCCAGACUGGCCGACCUACGCAGACAGGGUAAGGGCGACAGUCCUGAAGCCCGUGCCUUGGCCAAGCAGAUCGGGGCGGCGUUGCUCAACCUGCAGUCCAAGACCAACCGCGCCGUGGCCAACAUGAGGCCGGCCAAGCCCGCCGUCACCCUGGAGGGGAAGAUGGAGCAGGCCCUCCGCUGGGUGGGCAACCCAGGAGUGGACGACCGAGGAGUGGAGUAUGAGAUACUGCAGUUCUACACAGGUCAGGCCGCCAUCCGGGGCAUGGUGGGGGAGGGGAAGCGUCUGGCGGGGGGGCUGGUGGGCCCCUACCGGCAGGACCUGGUGGGCCGCUGCGACCGCACCGAGGCGCUGAUGGCCUCGCUGGCGGACAUGGCGGCGCGCGGCGAGGCCGAAGCACCCCACGCCCGCGCUACCGCCGCCCAGCUGCAGGAGGGGCUGAAGGACCUGAGAGGGCGCAUGCAGCAGGUCAUGACCCAGGAAGUCUCUGAUGUAUUCAGUGACACCACCACUCCUAUCAAGCUGCUGGCUGUGGCCGCGACCGCACCGGCGGACACGCCCAACCGGGUGGAGGUCUUCGACGAACGCUCGGGGAACUUCGAGGCCCACUCGGGCCGCUUGGGGGCGACGGCGGAGAAGGCGGCGGCCGUCGGAUCGGCCAAUAAGGGCACAGUGGAGGGCAUCCACGCCGCCGUCAAACACUCCCGGGACCUCACGCCCCAGGUGACGUCCGCCGCGCGGAUCCUGCUGAAGAACCCGGGCAGCCAGCCGGCGUACGAGCACUUUGACACCAUGAAGAACCAGUGGAUCGACAACGUGGAGAAGCUCACCGGUCUCGUGGACGAGGCCAUAGACACCAAGUCCCUGCUGGACGCGUCCGAGGAGGCCAUCAAGAAGGACAUCGACAAGUGCCGCGUUGCCAUGGCCAACGUUCAGCCCCAGAUGCUCGUUGCCGGGGCGACCAGCAUAGCGAGGAGAGCCAAUCGGGUGCUGCUGGUCGCCAAGAGGGAAGUGGAGAACUCGGAGGACCCGCGCUUCCGGGACGCGGUGAAGCACGCCUCGGACGUCCUCUCGCACACCAUCUCGCCCAUGGUGAUGGACGCCAAGGCCGUCGCCGGGAACAUACAGGACAAAGGUCUGCAGAAGGCCUACCUGGACUCCUGCCUGAGGAUCCUGGGCGCUGUGGGGAAGGUCCGAGAGGCCUUCCAGCCCCAGGAGCUGGACUUCCCCCCGCCGCCCCCUGACCUGGACCAGCUCCACGUCAGUGCUGGCAUGGGCACGCGCACACCAACACAGGUCAGUGAUGAGCAGGCUCCCCCCAAGCCCCCCCUGCCAGAGGGAGAGGUCCCGCCUCCUCGCCCUCCGCCCCCAGAGGAGAAGGACGAGGAGUUCCCGGAGCAGAAGGUGGGGGAGGUGCUCAGCGAGCCCAUGAUGGUGGCCGCAAGGCAGCUGCACGAUGAGGCCCGCAAGUGGUCCAGUAAGCCUGAGGAGGAGGAGGCAGUAGAGGUAGAUGAUGAAGAUGAGUUCACUGACGGUGAGGAUGACUAUGAGCCAGAGCUCCUGAUGAUGCCGUCCAACCAGCCUGUCAAUCAACCCAUCCUGGCCGCCGCCCAGGCGCUGCAUCAGAUGGCCCGCAAGUGGUCCAGCAAGGGCAACGACAUCAUCGCGGCAGCCAAGCGCAUGGCCCUGCUCAUGGCCGAGAUGUCCCGUCUGGUGCGCGGCGGCAGCGGGAACAAGCGGGCGCUGAUCCAGUGCGCCAAGGACAUCGCCAAGGCCUCGGACGAAGUGACCCGACUGGCCAAAGAGGUGGCCAAGCAGUGCACCGACCGGCGCAUCAGAACCAACCUGCUGCAGGUGUGCGAACGCAUCCCCACCAUCAGCACUCAGCUGAAGAUCCUCUCCACGGUCAAAGCCACCAUGCUGGGGCGCACCAACAUCAGCGAAGACGAGUCAGAGCAGGCCACAGACAUGCUGGUGCACAACGCCCAGAACCUGAUGCAGUCCGUGAAGGAGACGGUGAGAGAAGCCGAGGCAGCGUCCAUCAAGAUCAGGACCGACUCGGGAUGCACCCUGCGCUGGGUCCGCAAGACCCCCUGGUACCAGUGAACCCCCGAACCCGCCCAGCAGCCGCCAGAACCCCGGGAGUUCAGGUCACAUGUAAGAGCACACCGCAGAUCCUUUGUACAAAUGACACGCACACAAAGGAAGAAUGAUAGCGCUCCCCUUUGUGAAGAGGAAGCCUGCGAAGUGCAGCUUUCAGUCCGUCCUUUACUUCAGUGUGUGUGUGUGUGUGUGUGUGUGUGUGUGUGUGUGUGUGUGUGUGUGUGUGUGUGUGUGUGUGCGCAGGUGCGUGUGUGCGUGCGCGCGCGUGCGUGCGUGCGUGUGUGUGUGUGUGCGUGUGUGUGCUGUUUGUUUGUGUGUUAUCUUUUGGUACUUGGCCUACUGUCAGUUAGUCCUACUCUGUUCGCGGGCUCUUUCGUCUGUAGCUAUGGAAAUCCAUAGGUUAAUAUUUGACAGUUUUUUUAUAUAUAUUUUUGGUAUGUUGGGUUACAAGAGUUUAUCCAAAUCCCAGGCAUAUAUUUUUUGCAUGAAACGUUUUUUCUACUUUUAAAGGAGAAUUAUGAAAUAUAAUAUUCACUGAGAAAGAAUGUUUACUUUUCGUUGAAUGUCAUCGGUUUAUUAUGGUGUACUGUAUAUAUUUAAUAGGGAUUUAUUUUGUUAACAUCCUUUGCUGGGAGUUUAGGAGCUUUGAUCUUGUGCAUACCUGGCUGAUUGUAUUUCGGUCCUUAUGUUUACGUUGAAUCGUUAUACUGCUCUUAACUGAAGAUCCAUCCGAGAGGUGAAAUAUGACCUAUCAACUGAAUUACACUUUGCCAUGCAAUGCUUUUGUUUAUUUAUUUUCACCAUUUAUGGGUUUAUGAAACCUAUUUAAAAAGUCAUAUUGCUGAGAAGUGGACAUUUUUACUUUUUUGGGGUUGCUAACUCAACAGCAGCAUUAGCCAAUGUUGUUCAAUAGUUAGUUCCUUAUGGUUCAACAUUGCCUAAGGGUUUUUCAUUUCAUCAACAGUUUAUAACCAGGACAACAACUGUUAAUAUGAACAUAGGUCAAAUAAAAGACAUUUGACUUAGAAGUAAUGUUACUUUUCUAAAGUUAUAGUCGCAAUGUGUACCAUUUCAACAAGCUCGUAGCAUAAAUGAAAAGACAUCGAAAUGUGUGUGAUCACUGCUGAUCGAGUGAUUUUAUAACCUAGCAAUAAAAUCACAUCUUAUUACUGACGUAUUCUACAAAUAAAAGAUAAAUACCCUGGCAGUCAUUUCCAUUCUUAAAGUCUCCUGCCUUCUUACUGAGAGCUCUCUAACACAUCAACUUCAAUAUUUUUGUGCUUUACUUUCAUACCACCUUUUCCCUUAACAUUUUCAUGAUUUAGCUUUCUCAUUUGUGAGAAGCCCGUUCUAGAGACGUACGAGUGAGAACCUGGACAUCAAUGUCUGAAUGUUCCCAACAAUCAUUUGCUUGUGCUUUUUCCAGAUGACCGCAAUGGUUUUAUAACCUUCAAAUAAGUUCAUGUUGCUAACUGGUAUAUUCAUGCAAGUGUUCAAUUUGGAUUUGCCUCAGGCAACUGCAAAAGAAAAUAUUUUUCCCUGACAUGUUCAAGAUGAUAAUAACCAAUCAAUUUGUUAUUUUUUAAUAUCUAUUUUAGCAUUGCUUCAACCACGUGGUGGUAUUUCUUUUUUUACAUCGGCAGUUUAAGAACAACUGUCAGAGAAAAGUAUAAAUACGUGUGUCCUUAUAAACUUUACUCAACAGGCAGUAUUAAAAGGUGGACUGUGGCUUAAAAGGAUUUACGUUAAUUACACGUUGGCCUAUAAGGAUGCAGCAAUCGCUAACGUUGAGUCACUGAAAUUCUCCAACCUUGGAUGUCUGAUUCUCGUAGCGCUGUCCACACAUCUGUGCCUUCGAAUAAUAAAAAUACAAAUACUGUUGGA